AUGCAUGAUCCCCGCCACAAGCUCGAUAGCUCCCAGAACGCGAAGCGCAAAGAUAUUGAUAAUUAUCGGGAUGAAUACACCUUCCUACAUGAGCAGCGUCCCGGGCAACCGUACAACUUCAUAGUCAGGGUGCACCAGCACGCGCAUGCCCUGGAUUUGGAUGCCGAUGAAGUAGAACGCGAUGCAGACGAGGGCGGACCAGGAGAAGACAGUGACCAUACCUGA